UAUUGCAUGUUAUGACGUAAGAAGUCUUGUAAAGUAAUGGCAGACCAAACAACUUCAGAUACAAAUGAAGAAUUUGUAGACUCUACGGAUGUAUUUCUUGACAAAGUAAUUGAGGAGUGUAUGAAUGUGCACUCUUCGGAUCAUUUACCAGAUGAGAAUGAACAGUUUUGUGAAUCUGUAAUGAUAAAAGAGAACCUCGACCUGAAUAUCAAAAGAGAUGAUCAUGAUGACGAUAACAGUCACAAAUAUUUUGUUCAUGGUGCAGUGCCAUUCUUCAGAGAGAAGAUAGUUCCACUUUGGUUACAGGAAGAUGAUGUAAGUUUUGAUUUAGACGAAAACAUUUCCAUCAUACGGCGAUCACAAAGUGACGAUUUGCUUUCCACCAGUAGAUCUUCAAGCAAGAAUGACCAUAUUAAUUUGCAACGUUCAACAAAGAGCGAGAAAAACAGUCGUGAAAUCAUUUAUCCUCACAAGUCUUUGAAUGAUACUGUGCAGUCUAUUUCGUCGAAUCCUACUGAUGGACUGGUCAAUGACGCAAGAAGUGAUGCUAGCUCGAGUAAGAUAGAUUUUUUGGCCGAGUAUGAACGCAGAGUCGAUCUUUUAGAAUGCUCCGACUAUGCAUUGGAGGAAGUAUUUGUUAUGUUACGUUGCUGUGUUGAAAAACUUUGCUUAAAUAGCGGCAUAUUAUCUGAAAUCCAAGAACAAGAACAAUCAAAUGAAAAGAGAACAGAUUCAAAAGAAUUUAUGCCAAAAGAAGUUGAUAAAGAGGAAGAAAACGUCGGGGAUGUCAACGAAAAGGACCAGAAAACAGACAAAGAUACGUCAGAUGACAGUGAAACAGGAAAUCUCACAGAGUGCAAAGACAAUAAGAAUAUUCUUAAAGACCUUUUGGUUUUGCUUGGCGAAUUGCAAUCUAGAUUUGAACAUUUCACAUCUGAUAUUGGAGACCUUGUUCAUCUGGGAGCUUUGUCGGCCCAACAUGCCUUGAGAGUAGAGCAGUACGCCAGGAUUGUGCAGGGUACAUAUGGGAAACUGAGGGCGGACAACGAGAAGAUACACGAAUAUUUACAAGACAAAGAAGCGAGUUGGGUUCAGACACAGACUCAACUGCACAACGAGAUCGUCCGCCAAACAGAGGAGAUCCAAGUGUUGAUGACCGAACUCACCAAGAGUAGUUCACAAAACCGAAUCCGACACCAAAUGCAAGAUCGACACCUCAAUAAAGUAAAGAAAGAUGUGCAUUCUACAGAAGAUAUUGUCGAUUUGAUGCUGCACCAAAGAUGUUCAAUAGAAAAAGCAAUGGCACUGGAUUUCAGUCGUCAAUCUAAGAUAAAUGAGCAGAAAUUGGUGGUGCUUCAACAGCAAAGAUAUAUCCAAAAACUAGAGUUACAGCUUAAGGAUAUGGAUCUAGUUCUUCGAGGACUGCUGUUUUCAGCUGACGAGCCACAAGAGCCACCAAAGGAUUUCCAGAAUAUAUCUCCAUUAAAAAAUCCCAUCAGUAUGAUAUCAGACGUUCUUUUCUGUGAUCAAGCUCAGUAUCUGGUGGAUAAAUCUACUGACAGUUCUUUGGUUUCAGAACAAGUAUUCCAAAUAGGAGAUUCAACUAGGAACGAAACACAAUCAGAAGGAGUGUUUGAUCCACAGAGCCUGUCAUACGUACGCAACAAAAUACGUGAACACGACGUACCGGAAUCUCAGCCUGUUCUUGCUCGAGAUCUCGGAAGUGGCGAGAGUAGAGGGCUGGAUAAUAUAAACGUGGAGUAUGAUGCAUGUGUGGAAGAGAAUAUCGUAAAUUUGCAAAUUUCGGAUGAUGCGUCGUCGUUUGAAGAAUUCAGAAGCAUCAUGGAAAUACAAGUCUCCAGAACAGUAGGAGAAAACGAUUCGUCGCGUGAGUGAUGGGUGAAAGAUAUUCUGUGAUAAUUAAAUUUUAAUGUUAAUUGUUCGUAUUUUGAGUCUGUGAUAUUUGUGCCAUUUUUAUUCUUUGAAUUUAUAUCUUAUCUGUUUUACCGUUUUGUAACAGUGUGUAUGUUUAUACAUAUGUACAUGUACAUAUAUUGUAAUAAUUGGUGUGUAUGGUUUGUUGACCUUUAUUUGAAAAAAUAAA